AUGCGUGUCCGGCUAUCCACCGAACGGAUGCGUAUCCGAGAACUUCUUCCUGACCUCGACUUGGGAGUGUACCCCCCGGGACCGCUGAAUUCCAUCACCGACGUGCAGGGGGUUCAGGUCCAUACCCAGGAGAUAUUCGAUGCCCAGGGCGCCAUCAACACUGGCGUGACCUGCAUCAUUCCUCGCCCCAGUUGGGCUACUAGUGCUUGUCACGCUGGGAUCUUCCGCUUUAACGGCUCGGGAGAACUCACGGGCGCGCACUCCAUAGAAGAGGCGGGCCUUCUCUAUUCGCCUAUUGUUCUCACGGGAACAUUUGGGAUUGGAGCUGCCCAUCAAGGCAUAUAUCAAUAUGCCGUCAAGAACCUGGGGAGUAACAAAAAUGCCCAGCUGGAGUGGCUGAUGUUGCCCGUGGUGGGCGAGACGUUCGACGGGUACUUACAUGACUGCACGUCAUUUUCUGUGACUCCUGGGCAUAUUGUGCAUGGCUUAGAGAAUGUAGUGGCUGGGAAAUCAGUUCGAGAGGGCAAUGUGGGUGGCGGCGUUGGCAUGGUAUGCCACGGGCUGAAAGGAGGCACUGGGUCCAGCAGUCGCCGGGUUCUCGGAGACUACACGGUCGCCGCGUUGGUCCAGGCCAACUAUGGGCAACUAAAGGAUCUCCGCAUUGCAGGGGUUCCGGUUGGGAGGAUACUAGCUGAAGAAGUUGCGAGUGACCCAAUAAGGCAGGGGAUGUAUGAGAAAGUCGCGGAGGCCAAAGCCCACAAGGAUGGCAGUAUAAUCGUUGUACUGGCGACAGAUGCGCCUCUUCAUCCCGCUCAGCUGCAACGCGUUGCGAAGCGGGCAACCGUUGGUCUUGCUCGCGUUGGUGGCCAGGGGCACAACCAAUCCGGGGACAUAUUCCUAGCUUUCUCUACGGGGAACGAGAUACCUGUCAACCAGCACCAGCAGCCCGCUCCAGUGACACGGGUGAUAGACGUGGUAGAUGAUUCCGCUCUCAAUAGCUUGUUCGAAGCGACAGCCGAUGCGGUUGAAGAGGCAAUCUACAACGCACUCUGUAUGGCGGAAACCCUUACGGGGUUCCUAGGUCAUACAGUCGAGGCACUGCCUCUUGUCCGCGUCAAGGAGAUCAUGAAACAAUAUCACAGGGCGUAG